AUGGUCCAAGUACUUAAUGCAUAUAUCAAUAAAUUAGUACGUAUAGUUACAUCUGAUGGACGAAUUAUAAUUGGAACAUUACAUGGAUUUGAUCAAGCAAUAAAUAUUAUCUUAGAUGAUAGUCAUGAACGUGUAUUUUCUUCAACAAACGGUGUUGGACAAAUUCUUCUUGGUCUUUAUAUAGUACGUGGUGAUAGUGCUGCAUUAAUUGAUGAAAUAGAUGAAGAACUUGAUAAUAAUAUUGAUUUUUCAGAAUUCAUGUUAUUAAAUAAAACACAAAAUAUUUUAGUUAGCAUUCUUUUUCGUUUAAUCUCUUGGUUUAUUGUACGCACAUAUCUUAUUGCUGAUGAAUAUUGA